GAGUAGCAGGAAGACUUCUGCUUACCUGUCAGCUGUUGUCAUUACUAAAUUCAUGUGUAGAAAUCUUGAAUUUGUCACUUGUUAGUUGGACCCCUGUCCUGACAGGAGGGAGUAUCUUGAGCUGUUUAUAGCAUUUGUGAGAGGAUGGACAGCCAGGGAAGGAAAGUGGUGGUCUGUGACAAUGGGACAGGGUUUGUGAAGUGUGGCUUUGCUGGAUCCAACUUCCCUGACCACAUCUUCCCUGCCAUGGUGGGUCGACCAAUCAUACGAUCGAGCACCAAAGUGGGCAACAUUGAGAUAAAGGACCUGAUGGUGGGGGACGAGGCCAGCGAGUGUCGCUCCAUGCUGGAGGUGUCCUACCCCAUGGAGAACGGUAUGGUGCGCUGUUGGGACGACAUGCUCCACCUGUGGGACUACACCUUCGGUGCCGACCGCCUGAACAUCGACCCAUCAGAAUGCAAGAUCCUGCUGACUGAACCACCCAUGAACCCAACCAAGAACCGGGAAAAGAUCGCAGAGGUCAUGUUUGAGAAGUACCAGUUCCACGGCAUCUAUGUGGCGAUUCAGGCGGUGCUCACUCUGUAUGCUCAGGGUUUGCUUACCGGUGUGGUCGUUGACUCAGGGGAUGGUGUCACCCACAUCUGUCCAGUGUACGAGGGCUUUUCAUUACCCCACCUCACACGCAGGCUGGACAUCGCUGGACGUGACAUCACACGCUACCUCAUCAAGCUCCUGCUGCUCCGCGGUUACGCCUUCAACCACUCAGCCGACUUUGAGACCGUGCGUAUGUUGAAGGAGAAGCUCUGCUACGUGGGAUACAACAUCGAUCAGGAGCAGCGGCUGGCGACGGAGACCACCUACCUGGUCGAGUCGUUCACUCUCCCUGAUGGCCGACAGGUGAAUGUGGGUGGAGAGAGGUUCGGGGCCCCUGAAGCCCUCUUCCAGCCCCACCUCAUCAACGUGGAGGGAGCGGGAGUGGCCGAGCUGCUGUUUAACACCAUCCAGGCUGCAGACAUUGACCUCAGGUCAGACUUCUAUAAGCACAUUGUUCUGUCAGGAGGCAGCACCAUGUAUCCCGGCCUUCCGUCCAGACUGGAGAGAGAGAUCAAGCAGCUCUACUUGGAGAGCGUGCUGGAUGGAGACACUCAGAAACUAUCAAAGUUUAAGAUUCGCAUCGAGGACCCUCCCAGACGUAAACAUAUGGUGUUCCUGGGUGGUGCCGUGCUGGCCAACAUCAUGAAGGACAAGGACUCCUUUUGGCUGAGUAGAGCGGAGUACCAAGAGAAAGGCCUGGGGGUGCUGCAGAAACUGGGAGGUGGAGUCAGAUGAAAAAAAAAAAAAAUCUUUUUAUCACCCAAAUAUUUCCGUUUUUUAUAUCAACUCACUUCUCACUUCUCACAGCCACAUGUGCUGGAUUAAUUGAUUCAUUAUUUUAGUCGUAGAUCAAGAAAAAUGCAAAAAGUAUUUUCUGGUUCCAGCUUCUCAAAUGUGUGGAUUGGCUGUUUUUUCUGUUUUAUAACACUGUAAUUUUCUGAUAUUUAUGGACAAAACAAUGGCUCAAUUAAUUGCAAGUUAACUAAUAUUAAAAAUAAUCCCUGUUACAGUGAAGUUGAAUCAAGACCCAUUUUUAUCACAGUACAUCCAUAUCAAAAUGUCCCAUAAAAUCUUGUUCAGUAUAAAGUCUCAUGAAUUUAUUCAUAUGUUCAUCACAACCCAAACAGCUGAUGGUAAAAUAUUGGUGAUCCAAGGACAAGGACACUGGCAGUUUGAGACAUUUUUGACACUUAAAUUGGGUCUUUAUUCAACCUCAUACCAGACCCAAAUUAUAAUAUUUAGGUGAAAUCUAAAUCAUGAGUUACAGCCAAUGAUACAGGACUUUUGGAGUGAAUCUAACCUCACAUUGCCUUGGACUUUCUUGAUGUAAACUGAUACUGGAACUAAUGAGAAUAAUGUUAGUAUAGGCUUGAAAACACCACUGACAUAGAAAAUGUAAAAUGUUUAAAAUGAAAAAUAAAGAUUAACCUGCCAAAAUAGAUACUAGAAACAAA